AUUUUGGCAUGACGCAAUGUCCUAGCGCCUGGCAACACGCACCGAGUGAUUCAUUCUGAAGUUGAGAGAUGGCUUAGCUAAUUUGCUAAUUCUCUGUAAGAUAAACAUGACUCUUACUCAGAUAAACGCUAAACGAUCUAUUUUACGCUAUUAGUACUGUUGUUUAUCCUAUACAACCAUCCGACCAUGAAGCUGCUCCAUAAAGACAUUGAAAAAGAUAAUGCCGGUCAGGUGACUCUGAUGCCAGAGGAGGCGGAGGAUAUGUGGCACACCUACAACCUGCUGCAAGUGGGAGACAGUCUGAGAGCCUCCACUAUCAGGAAGGUGCAGACCGAGUCCACCACUGGAAGUGUGGGCAGCUCCAGAGUUCGGACUACUCUGACCCUGAGCGUGGAGACUAUUGACUUUGACUCCCAGGCCUGCCAGCUGAGAGUAAAGGGCACUAACAUAGAGGAGAACCAGUAUGUCAAGAUGGGGGCUUACCACACGAUUGAACUCGAGCUCAACAGGAAGUUCACUCUGGCUAAAAAGAGCUGGGACAGCGUCGUGCUUGAUAGAAUUGAGCAGGCAUGCGAUGCAACCCAGAAAGCAGAUGUGGCAGCUGUGGUGAUGCAGGAGGGUUUAGCCAAUCUGGUGUUGGUGACCCCCGCCAUGACUCUGCUUCGUGCAAAAGUGGAGGUCACCAUUCCCCGCAAGAGACGGGGGAGCUGCACUCAGCACGAGAAGGCGCUGGAGAGGUUCUAUGAGGCGGUGAUGCAGGCGAUUCUUCGCCACAUCAAUUUUGACGUGGUGAAGUGCAUCUUGGUCGCCAGUCCAGGGUUUGUGAAAGACCAGUUCAUCACGUACCUCUAUAAAGAGGCGGUGCGACAGGACAACAAGCUCCUGCUGGAGAAUCGACCCAAAUUCAUGCUGGUCCACUCAUCAUCAGGUCACAAGUACUCACUCAAAGAAAUCCUUUCUGAUCCCACUGUGACAAGCAGGCUUUCUGACACCAAGGCAGCAGGAGAGGUGAAAGCCCUGGAAGAUUUCUACAAGAUGCUGCAGCAUGAGUCUGACAGAGCCUUCUAUGGACUGGCUCAUGUGGAGAAAGCUGCCGACGCCCUCGCCAUCGACACCUUGUUGAUAAGCGAUAAGCUGUUCAGACAUCAGGACGUCCCCACAAGGAGUCGUUACGUUCGGUUGGUGGACAACGUGAGAGACAACGGCGGCAACGUCAGAAUAUUCUCAAGCCUUCACGUGUCCGGUGAACAACUGACUCAGCUGAGCGGGGUGGCUGCCAUUCUGCGGUUUCCCAUCGCCGACCUGUCAGAGGCCGAGGAAGACAGCAGCUCAGGCGAAGACUGAUCCACAGCGGUGAAACGGAGAGCUAUUUUUGGGAGAAAAGAAGAUGGAGGUCGAUCAGUGUUGCAGAUAACAAAAGAAUGCAUUGACUCAGUGUGUUAUGAAACAAUAAAGCUGCUGUGUUUUCCAUCUCUGCAACAUCCACACCUCUUUACAGUCUACGCACCUGUUUCUGUGUGUCGUUUUGAUGCUUUUGGUUUGAAGGUGGCUAUGGGUUUGAAAGGUGCAGCUUAACAAUGCCAAUGAAAAGGAAUGUAACAUUUGUUGCCAAGUCCAAAUGAAAACAGUUCAAAUUUUGACUGAUAUUAGCAAUAGAAAAAAAAAAAAGAUUUUUCUUUCCAAGUGUAUAUACAAUAUAACUUUCUUGCAAUUAAAAAACAAGCAUUCAA